AUGACAUCCAACAAACAAGAAAUCUUAACAUCGACUAUUGAUACAUACCGUUAUUUUGCAUCGCAACCAACUUUAUACGAUAUUGAGUCAUGUUAUCGAGAUUCUCAAGAUGAAAUUCUUCAUAUAACUCCAUACUUUUCCACGAUAGACUUAGUUCGAUUAGGAGAUCUAACAUACACUCGAUCGUUCAUUUAUUCAUUAAAAUCUCGUCAACUACUAUUCACCAGUAACGUCACACCAAUUCAGAAAGGUCUCGUUCGUCGUCUUGCUUCACCUGAUGGAACCUAUCUGGCACUGGUUUCUAGCGAAACUAAAGGAGACGAAGAAUCGCAACACAUGCAAAUCUGGCACAAUGAACAUUUGAUUCUUGGAUAUAAAGUCAAUGAUAGUGAAGUUUCACCACAUGGGAAAAUCUUGCCGAAGAACGAUUAUGCGAGUUUUUUUGAGUGGAGUUCGGAUUCCAAGUAUCUAGCUUUUACGGCUGAAGAAAAACAGAAAACAUGCAAAUCUUAUUUCACUGCUGAAAAACUCGAUGAAAUUGGUCCACCUGCCAGUAUCUAUCGAGAAAAUUGGGGUGAACAGAUGGAAACGUUCAAAACAUCGAUCGUGUGCAUAGUGGAUGUCGCGUCGAAACAAGUCAAGGUGAUUGAAAAUCAGCCGAAAGAUUUUUAUUUUGGUCAGUGCACCUGGACAACUAAUCCUGAUGAGUUCGUCCUGGUUGCAUUUCGUGUUGAACCAUAUCGGUUAGGAUUAAUUUUUUGCGAAAAUCGGCCGACGGCUCUGUUUAAAUGCAAUUGGCGAGAGAACCAAUGGAUACAAUUAACAGAAUUCGAUCAGUUCUGUCGACUAUAUCCACGACACUUGCCAAAUCAAAGCAAUCAACUUGUUUACCUUCAAACAGAUGUUUAUGGAGCGCAUAGUCAAUGUCAACGACUGAUACUUUUUCAUACAGAUACUAAAGAACAAGAAAUUCUUGUCGAUCGAAUCGAAAAUGUGAUCUAUUCCGAUCGAAAUUCGGCACCAUUCGCAGCUGAAUGGGAUACACAGUUCAAAGGUUUAUAUUUGUCUUUACCAUUCAGAUGUUUUUCGUCAGAUGGUCGUUACCUUCUCCUUCGGUCCAAGUCAAGUUCGCGUAUAGUUGUACUUAUUUAUGAUUUCCUUGAACACAAGAUUCACUCACUUGAUUCACCAUUGGGUGCAAAUACUUCAGUAUUGGGCUUGGCCGUAUUUGAUCAUUUUGUCACAGUCAACAUUGUCGAUUGUUGUACACCUUAUCGAUUGUAUGUAUUCGAUUUACAAGCACUAGAUCGGAAUAUCAAUGGAUGGUAUUCAAUCGCUGAACAUCAAUUUCAAAGCGAAGUAAAACAUCGAAUUCAAUGGAAACUCGAUCGGUUUUUUCCUGAUAAUGAAACUCUUCCAGUUGAAUCAAUCUAUGUUCAUACACAGGAUAGUGAAUCAAAACAACCAUUAAUGGUAUGGAUACACGGUGGACCGAAUGCGUCGAUAUCUCUAAAUUAUGUUACUGAUGUAAUCACGUAUGCUUCGUUGGGUUUCGAUAUUCUUUUGAUAAAUUAUCGUGGUUCCACGGGAUAUGGUCAAGAUUCAAUCAAUAAAUUGUUAGGUAAUAUAUCGAAAACCGAUGUUAAAGACUGUUAUGAAGCCAUUCAGCGUUGUCUUGAAUAUACUGAUCGCACUCGGUCAGUUAUACUCUAUGGUGCAUCACACGCUGGAAUAAUCAUUGGCCGUCUAAUUGGAGAAUAUCCAAAUGAAUAUUCAAUGGCUGUUUUGAUUAAUCCAGUUACGGAUUUAUUACAUUUUUCCAUGACAUCCGACAUACCUGAUUGGGCUCUGGCGCAAUCAGUCAACAAACCGUUCAAUUUUGAAACAGGCCGUCGCUAUUAUACAGAUCCUGUAUUGAUGAAGUAUCUUAUUGAACGAUCACCGAUUAGUCUUAUCGAACAUAUAAAGGUUCCUGUUUUACUCCAACUGGGUAAAAACGAUCGACGAGUACCAUUCACUAUGGGCCUUCGAUAUUAUGAAUGUCUGAAAGCAACGACUAUUCCGACGAAAUUAUAUAUUUAUGACAGUGAUCAUGCGAUAGGAGAAGUUGCAAAUGACAGUGAUAUUUUUGUUAAUACGGUUCUUUUCAUUCAUGAACAUUUACAUCGAUGA